AUGGCAUUACCUUUCUUUAAGUUGCUCCGAAAAGAGGUGCAAUAUGGAUGGAAUUCAGAGUGUGAAGCCGCCUUCCAAGAGAUUAAGAGACAGCUGGCUUCCUCACCAGUAUUAACAAAAGCAAGAGAAGAGGAAGCGUUAAUAAUGUAUCUUUCUGUCGGUGAUGUUGCUGUCAGUUCGGUCCUAGUACUAGAAAACGAGGAGAGACAGCAGUCGAUCUACUUUAUCCUUCAUAAACCUGACCUAGCAGGAAGAAUGAUGACUUGGGUUGUGGAGCUGUCAGAAUUCGACAUAGUAUUUGAAAGUCGAAAAGCAAUCAAAUCACAAGCGCUGGCAGAUUUUGUUAGAGAGCUCACCUCACUCCAAAGUGAAAAUUCACACAACCCAGAUACAUGGAAACUGUAUGUUGAUGGUUCCUCCAACUCUAAAGGCAGUGGAGCUGGGGACAUCAUUGAAAAUCCAGAGAGUGUAGCUGUUGAAUAUUCUAUGCAGAUGGGCUUCCCAACAUCCAACAACCAGGCAGAGUUUGAAGCUUUUAUAGUUGGGCUACAGCAAACCAAGGAACUUGGAGCCCGAAAGUUGCAAGUUUUCAGUGAUUCGCAAUUAGUGACUUCCCAAAUCUUAGAAGUCAACCACAUCCCUAGAAAUGAAAACAGCAAGGCUGAUAUACUAUCCAAGCUAGCAAGUACAAAAGGAAGAGGGAACCAUAGGAUAGUGGUUGAGCAAAGCAUCCUAAAACCCACCUGCGUUAUGCAAAUAACGUACGUUAAUGAUUGGCGUUUUGACAUCGUCGAAUACUUGGAAAAAGGGACUCUACCACCAGCAAAAGAGGGAGCCAGGAAGUUAGUCCGAGAAGCAGCUAUGUACACCAUGCUAGAAGACCAGUUUUACAGAAAAGGGGUUUCUGCACCAUUGUUAAAAUGCCUAAACUCGGAUAGGGCACAAUAUGUAUUGGCUGAAAUACAUGAAGGCAUAAAUGGCCAGCAUGUUGGAGGGAAAGCUUUAGCUAGAAAGGCUGUUAGAGCUGGAUACUUUUGGCCAUCAAUGAAUAAUGAUGCCAAGGAGCAUGUCCAGAAGUGUGAUCAAUGCCAAAGGCAUGGGAAGAACCUCUUAGCUCCCCAGAAGAAUUAA